AUGACGCGUCAAAUUCAUUCAUGUCUCAAAAUAUCACAACAUUCCCGACGCAUAAUCGUACUUCUCAUUUUCUUUACCAUUGGCAUAUUUUCGGACAAUACGCUGACGAUUUAUGAAGAUUCAUUAAAUGGACCAUUAUAUCCGAUUAACGCAAUAACAUUUAAAGAUUCGUCGAUAUUAACCAUUCGUUUAACAAAUCAACGUUGUGAACCAGGGGGGAUUACAAGGAGAGUGUUUGCGUUGAGAUCACUAUACCCCAAUGGAACUUCAAUUCAUGUUAAUUUGAAUUUCGGAUUUUCGGAAUUUAAUUUUUGUCCCACUAAUAGAAUCAGUAUAUUCACGUUACCUGAUAAUUUGUUGUUGAUAAGGUAUUUGAAAUUAUUAGAUGAACCUCCAAAUCGUGUAAAAUUCAUGGGUUUGAUCACGACGCUUGAUGGACAUAUAAUCGAUCCCGAAGUGGAAUUGAGUGAUCAAGUGAACCUAGAGAUGAUUGCAUCAUCCCCGUCAGAUAUAGCAACGAUUGUAACAACCCAUGAUAUUAAUAGUGGAGGAUUAUUAUUUGUGAUAUCGUAUGAUAACCGUAGUAUAGUUUGGAGAAGAUUUGGUUGGGAUCGUAUCGGGAAAAGGUUGCAUAACAUGUCGGAGGGGGUGAUCACACUGCCGAUGCUAUCAUCAGUAUCAUAUAGAAUAGAUGCAUUUCAUACAUUCAAAACAUUAGAUGGAGGAUACGGCCUAGUAUACUCCAUUUCGUCAAUAAACCCCACAUCAACAUCUCCAUCGUUCUCCUCGUCAUCCACACAUUCUCUAGUCUACAUAACCCUUCUCCACGAAUCGCCACUCACUUGGUCAUCACCCGCAAUAAUCUAUGCAUCAUCAUUGGCAAAUGUACGAAUCUCUAUAAGGUCAUGUACACAAUCAAUUGACAAAUCAUUAGGAUAUACAUGUUUUAUUCGUGAACAAAAUGACAUUACAUUACGAUAUUUUAUCAAAAUAAUUGAUUUUUUAAGCAUAGGAUCCAUACAAUCCUUUCAAGAGUUACCCGGUUUUGAAAUAAGAUCGGAGAGAAGUGGGAAUGUUGUUAUUAUAUACAAUGACGUGUUACCACUAAGUCAUGGUGGAUUUGUGAUGAUUGGUACUAGGCAAGAUGGUUUUCUUCAAGGAAGUGUAUAUAAUUUGGUUGAAGGGGAAGGGGGGAAUGUUAAGAAAUAUGAUAGAGGAAAAGAUUGGGGGAUUCCAUUAAUGAGGGGGAUAUUGUAUGAUGUAUUAAAUAAUAAUACAUUAUGGACCGCAAUACCUGGCGAAGAUGGUUCCGGUAGAUACUGGUAUAUUAUUAGCAAUGAUAUAGAGAUUGACAUUAAAGGGGAUGUAGGAUACAAUAACAAACUAAUAAUUAAUACAACACCACCAAUUAAUGCAACCAUACCGAUAAAUUUGUCAACAAUAAGGAUAAAUUAUAAAGAUCCCAUAGUAUUAUCAACGGGAAACAUAUCAAUCUACCAAAGAAUGUACGACACUAGUAACAUAACUGAAUUAAAUGCUACCACGCCAUAUACAGAUCUGUUGAGACAAUCGUUUUCAGCAUCAUUAACGGAUUUUGUUAGUACAAGGAUUUCCGAAGUAGAAGUAAAAAUAUUGACUUCGACAUUUAACCAAUUCAAUUCGAACUAUUAUAUUGAAAUUGAUGACAAUUUUGUUAGAAAUAAAGAAUUUAAUGAACCUUUAAUCGGUAUUAAAGGCGGUACUUGGAACGUUAAAACUAAUAACCCGGAUAAUCAACAAUUUACCGAUAAUAAGAAUGUAUUAUUACGGUUGGAUGAGAUUGGAACACAAUACUUUAAUAACUUUUCAUCCCCAGAAAGAAAUCAAUUCUUCGAUGACUUAUUAAUCGCAUUUUCACAAUUGAUACCGGUACCUCUAGAAAGAUUACAUACAUCGAAACGGUUCCAAUAUGAUAGUUCAAGAGAUGAUUUACUAUUUUUACCAGUAUUAAUUCAGAUGCGAUUAAUAGCCACGAGGAAUAAAGAAGAAAUGAACACGGAAAUGAUUCUUAAAAAUCUGUGGACAGUAUAUAGAUAUGAAAUAGCAGGGAUCAUUUGCACCUUUUUUGUUCUCUUUGUGCUAGUGUUCCUUGCUCAUAAUUCAUACCCUGAGGGCAACAGCAUGUCGUUGUUCAAAUUCAUCGUGAUAUUAAUAGACUUUAUCAUGGACAUCUUGUUCUUAUUUUAUAAUGUUCAAGAUGUGCCAUAUUUGUAUAUACCAAGUCUUGUUAUAUUGUUGGCACCAUUAUCAGUAAAUUUUUUUACAGCAAUGUUUGUAUUUCUCGUAGAAUUUCUUGGGAAUAAUACUUUAUUUCAAAUUUUUGCUCGCAAUAAUGCAUUAACGACAACGAUACUUCUUGUAAUGGGUUAUAUUGAUUUAGUAUCGUUAGAAUUAUUAAGUUCACGAGUAGCAAAUAUUCAUUCAUUAGAUGCUCCUUUUAGCGAUUCUUCUGCUAAAUGGAUUUAUUUUGGUAGUUUAAUUGUUGUAAUAUUAGAAGAUAUACCUCAAUUGGUGAUCCAAGUAAUAUGUAAUCGUUAUUACGAUUCUUCAACAGAUUCAGAAGAUAAUCCUAAUGAAGGUGGUGGAAAUCUCGGCGGUGGCAAUUAUAGUGGGAAUAAUAGUGGGAAUAACAGUGGGAACACUAGUACCCUUUCAGGUAGGGAUUAUUUAAUUGGCGGUCAACAGGCAAUACAAAACUUUAAUAGAUGGUGGGAGGUUGGCAGUGAAGGAAGUGUUGUUGGAGGAAGUGGUGUGGGAGGAAACGGUGUGGGAGGAAGUGGUACGGGAUGA